CCUCUCCAGGAACAAGAGAGUUCGUGCAACAGAAUCAGAGAGUUCCGAGAUCAGGAAUCCAUCCUUGGCCCUGGUGCACCUCGGCAAAGACAUAGGAAUCACAGGACAGAGCAGGUUCUAGAGUGGCUGUUUAUUUCCCACGAGCAGCCAAAACCCACCCAGUCUCGGGGACCAUUGUCAUUUGUGGAUGUGUUUGUGGACUUUACCUGGGAAGAGUGGCGGCUGCUGGACCCAGCUCAGAAGCACCUGUACAGGAGUGUGAUGUUGGAGAACUACAGCCACCUGGUGUCCCUGGGUUAUCAAGACACCAAACCUGAUAUCAUCUUCAAAUUGGAGCAAGGAGAAGAACUGUGGAUGUUGCAGGCCCAAAUCCCAAGUCGAGGCCGUCCAGAAAAAGUCCUGGAAAUUGAUGAUCAUAUGGACUGGCAUCAGGAAAAUCAGGGCAAGCUGGAAAGUAUGGCAAAAAACUAUGAAUGUACUGCAUUUGGAAAACUAUGUCUUCUUAGUACAAAUUAUGAUUCUUCAGGACAAAAGCUUCAUAAAUACAUCACUCAUGGAAUGAGUUUUAAAUAUAAUAUAGAUUUCAAUAGUGGUUUUGCUGGAAAGAAUCCUAAUGAGUUUCAUGCAUACAGGGAACCAUUCCAUCAUUCUAAACACGAGCAAACUGUUACUGGAAUAAAAUACUGUGAAAGUAAUGAAUCUGGUAAAACUGUCAACAAGAAGUCACCACUCAUAUGCCAACAGGUGUAUGUGGGUGGAAAACCCUUUGAAUGUGGUUUUUGUGGGAAGGCCUUCAGCAGCAAGUCAUACCUUGCAGUGCAUCAGCGAACUCACGCAGAAGAGAAACCCUACAAAUGUAAGGGAUGUGGGAAGGACUUUAGCAGCAAAUCCUACCUCACUGUCCAUCAGAGAACUCACACAGGAGAGAAACUCCAUGAAUGCAGUGAAUGUGGGAAAGCCUUCAGUUUCAAUUCACAACUCGUUAUACAUCAAAGAAUUCACACAGGUGAGAAUCCCUAUGAAUGCUGUGAAUGUGGAAAAGUAUUCAGUAGAAAAGACCAGCUCGUUUCACACCAGAGAACUCAUUCGGGGCAGAAACCCUAUGGUUGUAAUGAAUGUGGUAAGGCUUUUGGUUUGAAGUCACAGCUCAUUAUACAUCAAAGAAUUCAUACAGGAGAGAAACCCUUUGAAUGCAGUGAAUGUCAGAAAGCCUUUAAUACAAAGUCAAACCUUAUGGUACAUCAGAGAACCCAUACAGGGGAGAAACCGUAUGGUUGUACUGAGUGUGGAAAAGCCUUUACUUUCAAGUCGCAGCUCAUUGUACAUCAGGGGGUUCACACAGGAGUAAAGCCCUAUGGGUGCAUUCAGUGUGGGAAAGCCUUCAGUUUGAAGUCACAGCUCAUUGUGCAUCAGAGAAGUCACACAGGAAUGAAACCUUUUGUAUGUAGCGAAUGUGGCAAAGCCUUCAGGAGCAAGUCCUACCUCAUUAUACACAUGAGGACUCACACAGGAGAGAAACUCCACGAAUGCGGUGACUGUGGGAAAGCCUUCAGUUUUAAUUCACAACUCGUUAUACAUCAGCGGAUUCACACAGGAGAGAGUCCAUAUGAAUGCCAUGAAUGUGGGAAAGCCUUCAGUCGGAAAUACCAGCUCAUUUCACACCAGAGAACCCAUGCUGGGGAGAAGCCCUAUGAAUGCAGUGACUGUGGGAAAACUUUUGGCUUAAAGUCACAGCUCAUUAUACAUCAGAGAACUCAUACAGGCGAGAAACCCUUUGAAUGCAGCGAAUGUAGCAAAGCCUUUAACACAAAGUCGAACCUUAUUGUGCAUCAGAGGACCCAUACAGGGGAGAAACCCUACAGUUGUAGUGAAUGUGGAAAAGCCUUUACUUUCAAGUCACAGCUCAUUGUACAUCAGGGGGUUCACACUGGGGUAAAACCCUAUGGAUGUAAUCAGUGUGGAAAAGCCUUUAGUUUGAAGUCCCAGCUCAUUGUGCAUCAGAGAAGUCACACAGGAGUGAAACCCUACGGAUGCAGCGAAUGUGGAAAAGCCUUCAGGAGCAAGUCCUACCUCAUUAUACACAUGAGGACUCACACAGGAGAGAAACCACAUGAAUGCAGUGAAUGUGGAAAAUCCUUCAGUUUCAAUUCACAGCUCAUUGUACAUCAGAGAAUUCACACAGGAGAAAAUCCCUAUGAAUGCAGUGAAUGUGGAAAAGCUUUUAAUAGGAAAGAUCAGCUCAUUUCUCAUCAGAGAACUCAUGCAGGGGAAAAACCUUAUGGAUGCAGUGACUGUGGGAAAGCCUUUAGUAGCAAGUCCUACCUCAUUAUACACAUGAGAACUCAUUCAGGAGAGAAACCACAUGAAUGUAACCAAUGUGGGAAGGCCUUCAUUUGGAAGUCACUACUCAUUGUACAUGAGCGAACUCACGCAGGGGAAAGCCCUUAUAAAUGUAGUCAGUGUGAGAAAUCCUUCAGUGGAAAAUUACGGCUCAUUGUACAUCAGAGAAUGCACACAAGAGAGAAACCCUAUGAGUGCAGUGAAUGUGAGAAAGCUUUCAUUAGGAAAUCUCAGCUCAUUGUACAUCAGAGAACUCAUUCAGGGGAGAAACCCUAUGGAUGCAAUGAAUGUGGAAAAACCUUCUCUCAGAAGUCAAUUCUCAGUGCACACCAGAGGACUCAUACAGGAGAGAAACCCUGUAAAUGCACUGAAUGUGGGAAAGCCUUUUGUUGGAAGUCUCAGCUCAUUAUGCAUCAGAGAACUCAUGCGGAUGAAAAACAUAUUGAUGAAUUAAAUGUAAGAAACUUUCUUCCAAAAGUCAACUCAUAG